AUGAACCAGCCUACCAAUCCACUUUCCUCCUCUCUACACCCCAUCGCUAUUAACACUUUCAACAAUGUCGAAAUUCCUUCCAACGAGAGUAAUUACAGCAGCAGCAAUGUUUCUGCUGCAUCGACAAGUACACCAGCCACUCCAAGUGCUACUACUGACGCUAUUGCUGCUUCAAGCAGCCCGUCUAUCUCCUCCUCUGCCAAGGCCCCUUCUACUUCAAACUCAACAGACCCAACAGCGUCAGCCACCUCAACAGUAACCCCCAAACCCAAAGCGAAACGAGUCAGAACCAGCAAGCCAAAAGUCAAGACAGGAUGUACCAAUUGCAAGCAGAGACGUAUUAAGUGUGACGAGGCUCGCCCGGCUUGUACACAAUGUGUUCGAAGCAACAAGAACUGCACUGGUUACCCACCGCCCAGUCGCAGUUCCCGCCCCUUUGAAGAGGUUCGAAUUGCCCCGAAGCCGAUGCCAGUCUACGAUGCCCAUGUAUCCUCAAAUGCUAUCGUUGCGCCCUUGCACGGUGACUGCCACCUGCUGCCACGUCGAGCACACCAACGAGCAGUUCUGAAAGCUGCCUCACCUGGAACCUCGUCUUCGUCGCCCACUACUUACCAACCAUCCGUGGCCCUUCACAUCCAGCCCAGUGAAUCUUUCUACUUUGACAUUUUCCGUUCGCAUACGGCCCACGAGCUAUCCGGCUACUUUCACAACGUGUUUUGGACUCGCUACGUGUUACAGGAGUGCCAUUCUGAGGAUGCUAUCAAAUGUGCUGUGAUUGCCCUGGGCGCUCUGUAUCAGACCCUCGAGCAGACGGCUGCGCUCGACAUGCGUCGUGGAUCUGAUGCGGGCUCUGAGGUUCGUUUUGAGGCUGUCAGGGGUCAUUGGCAGGUGGCUAUCAGGCGAUACGGCGAUGCGUGCAACGCAUUGGUCAAGCUGAACACCCAGGAUCAGAGAUCGCACAGAACCUCCAUCAUGGCUAAUGUACUUCUGGCCUGCUUCGACUCCUUUAUCGGCGACCACAGGCAGGCAAUCCACCAGAUUCAGACCGGGCUUGGUUUGCUCGACAUAUUCCAUACUCAACAAAGGCAACGACUUCUGCCAGCAUCCGAAGAUUCUCUGGAGGACGAACUGGUCACCAUUUUUACCCGACUAGCGAUUCAAGCAAAGUCUUAUGACAUGGCCUUCCAUUUCCCUCAACCGUUCAGUAUACGGCUCAGUUCUCAGUCUCAAACGCAAUCUCCUGGUCACAGUGGUGCGAAUACCCCUUUACAAGAGGAGCCUCUCUCCAUCCCUGAAAACUUCGCCUCUGUUAUCGAAGCUCGGGUUGCCUUCGAUAACCUGAAUGUUCGAAUCAUGCGAUAUAUCGAGGAACUGUUCUCCAUGAAAUCGGAUCUCAAGGGUUUUCUCCCUUCAUCUUGGCUCGAUUAUGGUCUCUCGUUCAAGAACCAUCUGGAUAGAUGGGCCAAGGCCUUUGAUAAUCUGUUUUUCGCGCGGCACAACCCUUCUACCAGCCUACAAGAGAAAGCAGGCAUUGCAGCUUUGAGAAUGCUGGCCACUAACACAAGAAUUCUGUACCUUAUGAUGUUCAGUGAGAAAGAGUCCGACUUUGACAACUUUCUUCCUCAGUUCCAAACUAUAGUCGACCUGGGCAUUGAGAUAGUCGGCGACGAGGAGAGACGAGCUGCCGCGCGCGACUGCCCAAACCCUGGACAGUGCCAGCAUCGACAACGCGAAACUUGGCAGUCUCAAGAUUUCUUUCCAGCAAUGGGAUUCUCAGCUCCCCAUAUCAAACCUCGAUUUGCUGCCGAUCUCGGGAUUGUUUCCCCUCUAUUCGUUGUAGCUACAAAGUGCCGUGACCCAGGUACCCGCCGUCGAGCCAUUCAGUUACUUCGCAGCAGUGCUCGCAGGGAGGGUAUGUGGGAUAGUGAAAUGGUGGCCAACAUCAGUGCCUGGGUUAUGAACCUCGAGGAGUCGGAGGCGCUUACUAUGGGAGUUGAGUCGUAUCCUGCCGAUGGUAUCUCAAGGCCCAUACCCCGCAUAAUACCUGAAGAGAAGCGCUUCACGAUCCGAUCCGUCGACUUCGAUUUGCGAACUCGUGUUGCAGACCUCCAGGUUGGUACCCGCGGACUUCCACCCAGCAUGCCGGACUCAAAGUUUCGUCAAACCCGGUUGAAUUGGUGA